AUGUCUGGAUUCGGAACUCUCGCAGUGCACGCUGGUGCCCCCCACGACAAGACCACCGGAGCUGUCAUCCCCGCCAUCUCUCUGUCCACCACCUUUGCCCAGAGCGCCGCCGCUAAGCCCGUGGGCGAGUACGAGUACUCGCGAUCGGCCAACCCCAACCGUGACGGCUUCGAGCAGGCCAUUGCUGCUCUGGAGAAGGGCAAGUACGGCCUGGCGUUCUCGUCUGGCUCUGCUGCCACAGCCACCAUUCUGCAGUCUCUGGCUCAGGGCUCCCACGUGGUGUCCAUUGGCGACGUGUACGGAGGCACUCACCGAUACUUCUCCAAGGUGGCCAAUGCUCACGGAGUCGAAACCACCUUCUCCAACGCCGUGGAGGACGAGCUGGCCUCUCUGAUCCGGCCCGAGACCCGUCUGGUCUGGAUCGAGUCUCCUUCCAACCCCACCCUCACCGUCACCGACAUUGCCAAGGUCGCCGGCAUCGUCAAGCAGGCCAACGAGGGCCGAUCCGCCGACGAGCAGGUCUUCCUGGUUGUCGACAACACCUUCAUGUCUCCUUACGUCCAGAACCCCCUGACUCUGGGCGCUGACAUUGUGGUCCACUCUGUCACCAAGUACAUCAACGGCCACUCCGACGUGGUCAUGGGUGUUGCUGCCACCAACUCCGACGCCAUCCACGAGAAGCUGCGGUUCCUGCAGAACGCCAUUGGUGCUGUUCCCUCUCCCUUCGACUCGUGGCUCGCCCACCGAGGUGUCAAGACUCUCCACAUCCGAGUCGGAACCGCCUCCAACAACGCCCAGGCCAUUGCCGAGUUCCUGGAGAAGUCUCCUCUCGUCGAGGCCGUCAACUACCCUGGCCUCGAGUCCAACCCCCGACGAGAGGUUGUAAAGCGACAGCACCGAAACGGUCUUGGCGGAGGCAUGAUCUCCUUCCGAAUCAAGGGAGGAGCCGAGUCUGCCAACAAGUUCUGCCAGAACACCAAGAUCUUCACUCUGGCCGAGUCUCUGGGAGGCAUUGAGUCUCUGUGCGAGGUCCCCGCCGCCAUGACCCACGCCGGCAUCGACGUCAAGGCCCGAGAGGCCUCCGGUGUCUUUGACAACCUCGUCCGACUGUCUGUUGGAAUCGAGGACAAGGAGGAUCUGCUCAAGGAUGUUGAGCAGGCUCUUCAGUCUGCCGCUUCUCAGUAA